AUGGCGACCAGGGCAAAGCGCCGGCGGGUGGCGGGGCCUGUGGGAGGCGACCCGGACCCGGACCCUGUGGCCGGCUUCCUGAGCUGGUGCCGGCGGGUGGGGCUGGAGCUGAGUCCCAAGGUGGCGGUGAGCCGGCAGGGCACGGUGGCCGGCUACGGCAUGGUGGCCCGGGAGAGCGUGCAGCCCGGGGAGCUGCUGUUUGCCGUGCCGCGGGCCGCGCUCCUGUCGCAGCACACCUGCUCCAUCGGCGGCCUGCUGGAGCAAGAGCGAGGCGCGCUGCAGAGCCAGUCGGGCUGGGUGCCGCUGCUGCUGGCGCUGCUGCACGAGCUGCAGGCCCCGGCCUCGCCCUGGAGCCCUUACUUUGCGAUGUGGCCGGAGCUAGGCCGCUUGGAGCACCCGAUGUUCUGGCCCGAGGAGGAGCGUCGGCGAUUGCUGCAGGGCACGGGCGUACCCGAGGCGGUGGAGAAGGACUUGGCCAACAUCCGCACUGAAUACUAUUCCAUCGUAUUGCCGUUCAUGGAAGCCCACCCGGAUCUUUUCAGCCCCAGGGUUCGCUCCCUGGAACUCUACCACCAGCUCGUGGCUCUUGUGAUGGCGUACAGCUUUCAGGAACCACUGGAGGAAGAGGAGGAUGAAAAGGAGCCAAACUCCCCUUUGAUGGUGCCUGCUGCAGACAUACUAAACCACUUAGCCAAUCAUAAUGCCAAUCUAGAAUACUCUCCAAAUUGUCUUCGGAUGGUGGCCACUCAGCCCAUUCCUAAAGGCCAUGAAAUUUUCAACACUUAUGGACAAAUGGCUAAUUGGCAACUCAUUCAUAUGUAUGGUUUUGUUGAACCAUAUCCCGACAACACGGAUGACACAGCUGACAUUCAGAUGGUGACAGUUCGUGAAGCAGCAUUACUGGGAACAAAAGUUGAAGCUGAAAGGCUCCUACUGUAUGAACGCUGGGAUUUCUUAUGCAAACUGGAGAUGGUAGGGGAAGAGGGAGCCUUUGUAAUUGGACGGGAGGAGGUGCUCACUGAAGAGGAACUGACCACCACACUCAAGGUACUAUGCAUGCCUGCUGAGGAGUUCAGAGAGUUUAAAGACCAGGAUGGAUGGGGAGAUGAUAAAAGGGAAGAGGAGAGCUUGACAGUCACAAAUAUCCCCAGGCUGAAAGCAUCAUGGAGACAGCUGCUUCGGGACAGUGUUUUGUUGACCCUGCAAACCUAUGCCACAGACUUAAAAUCUGAACAAGAUUUACUAAGUAACAAGGAGGUCUACACCAAACUCAGCUCGAGGGAACAGCAGGCCUUGCAGGUUCGCUAUGGUCAGAAGAUGAUCUUACACCAGUUGUUGGAACUGACAAGUUAG